CCUUAUGUUUCUGGGCUUUCACAUAUCAAAUUAGCUCUGCUGCUACACUAUGGCAAGCAAACUACAGGAGGAGGUGACCUGCCCCAUCUGCCUGGAAAUUCUACAGGAUCCUGUCACCAUUGACUGUGGACACAACUUCUGCCACCAAUGCAUCAGCCAGGUUGGGGAAACUACAGAAGAACUCCAGUGUCCCCUCUGCAAGGUCACUGUGAGUAAGAAUACAUUCAGGCCCAAUAAGCUGUUGGCUAGUCUUGCAGAGAAAAUCCGGACUAUGGAUCCUACUGAAUUCCAACCAGAAGGGGAAGAGACAAGAUGUCGGAAACACAAGGAAAAGUUACAUUACUUCUGUGAGGAGGACGGAGAGUUCCUCUGUGUGGUGUGUCGUGACUCCAGGAGCCACAAGUCCCACAAUGUCGCCUUGGUAGAUGAGGCUGCCCAGAACUACAAGGUGCACAUCAUGUCACAGGUUCAGGAUUUGGGCCAAAAGGACAAAGAAAUAAUUGAAGAGAAAAAGCGAGGUGAAGGGGCAAUCCAGGUGUUCAGGGCCCUGGUCCACCUAGAGAAACUAAAGAUCCUUGAGGAAUUCAAGCACCUGCACCUGAGACUGGAAGAGGAAGAAAGAUUCCUCCUGUCCAGGUUGGGCUGGCUGGAGCAUGCCGGAGCCAGGCAGAUAGAACAGUAUACCACCGUGACUAAUGAGCAGUUGACUUCCCUCAGGAAGAUCACAAAGUCCCUGAAGAACAGGCUACAAGCACCACCCAUGGAGUUACUGGAUGACAUCAAAGACACCUUGAGCAGGAGUAAGGACUUUCAGUUUCUCAACCCGACCCCAAUUCCUGCGGACCUGGAGAGAAAAACCAGGGAAGCAAAAGCAAGACACGUGGUCAUCAUAAAAAGCCUUGAGGAAUUAAAAGACAACCUGAAGGCUGAAGGGAAGAAAGAUAUGAGCACGUUCCUGGACAGCCUGAAUAAAAAGGAAAUGGAGAAAUGGCACCUGUUACAGAAGAAUAACUCAGCAUUUCAUACCUCAGUCCCUGUGACCCUGGACAUGAUCUCAGCUGAUCGAAACCUCACCUUUUCUCAAGACCUAAAGAAAGCGACUUUGUACAUCAUCCAAGACAACUUGAAUAAUCAGGGAAAACCUCGACCAUUCUACCCUUUCCACUGUGUGAGGGGUUCCCCAAGCCUUUCCUCAGGCUGCAGGGUGUGGGAGGUGGAAAUCCAGGGUCCCUCAGGUGGGGUUGCCAUGGUGGGCGUGGCCACAGAGUUGGCCAUGUUGUCCCAGAGUCAGAACUCUGGGACCAACUGUUUGUGGGCACUUCGGAUCUCGUCCUCUGGAUGUCAGCCAUUCACCAACUGCAAUGUCCGGGAGAAUGUUCUCAUCAGUCUUAAGAAAGUGGGUGUCUACGUGGAUCAUGACCGUGGAGACGUUGUCUUCUAUGAUGCCAUCACUAACAAACACAUCUACACCUUCCAAACCUCCUUUGACAGACAGGUCUUCCCUCUUUUUGGGCUCCUAGCUUCCUGUACCAGUAUCACCCUGAGCCCCUAAGGCUGCUCCCUGUGGAUCCAUCAGUCUAUUCUCCAUCUAUCUCUCAUGACUGAAUGAGAUGCAAGUGGCAAGAAUGAAGUUUGGCCCUAUUUGGACACCCUACACACCUUACACUCACACCCCUUUCCCUGAGUAGAGAAGACAAUGGAAUACCCCAAAUACUAAACACAAGCCUUUGUGCCCUGCACUUUGUAAAAGGACAGAUUAGAAGUAGUGAAAUUUCAACAGGCCACUGGAAAGCAUCUGGCCACACCCUGCUUGAGAGGCAGGUCCAAGAUGCUAUGCUGGCCAGCCCUCGGGCUACCCCUUUCGCCACUUCACUAGCUGUAGCCCCUGACUCUGAAUUUGAGCACCUGACUGUUGUUACCUCCCGAGGUCUGACAACCACAGGCUACAUCUAGUGUCAGCCAGGCCUGUGCCAAUGCGAGCUUGCAGAUGAGGACAGUCUGCGAUCAGGGUUGUAACCUUUUGACAUUUCAAAGCAAUGUUGUCACCCUCAAUAACUCUGCGUUCAAAUUAAAAACAAAAUUGUAAACUC